AUGAGAGAUGGGAAUUCCAAGAAAAGCAAGCUUUCAUGGCCCAAGACACUGGUCAAGAAGUGGUUCAAUAUUAAGAGCAAAGCCGAGGACUUUGACGCAGACGACGCCGUUUAUAGAGGUGGUGAUGAAGAGUGGAGGAACACCUAUUCAGAGAGGGAGGCAUGCACAAUCAAGAAAAGCAAAACAGAAAGAUUAAGUAAGAGGCACUCUGAUAGAGUCCGAAGGGGUAAGAUUGACAUGGACGCAUCACAAGUUACAGAUGUACACAAUUAUAGGAUCUUUGUAGCUACAUGGAAUGUGGCUGGAAAAUCUCCUCCAAGUUGUCUGAAUCUUGAAGAUUGGCUCCACACCUCUCCUCCUGCUGAUAUUUAUGUUCUUGGGUUUCAAGAAAUAGUUCCUUUGAAUGCUGGCAAUGUUUGGGCACAGAAGAUAACGGUCCAGCUAAAAGUGGCUAGCUCUUAUAAGGAAGACUCUAAAUAA